AGCAUGCUUCUGAGGUUAACGAGUGGCUAAGUGGCUUCAUCAACCCUAAGAUUCAGGAAUUAAUUCUCUGCCUCGAUGGAAUGAAUGAAUCUGAGAAACCAUUGACCUUCCCUGACCACCUGUUUACCUGUUCGACAUUGACAACAUUUGGAUUAAGGCUGCGGAAUGUUUUCAAGCUUCCUUCUUCCAUUUAUUUCAAAAGCCUCAAGACUUUAUGCUUAGUAGAUGUUACGUUAGCUGAUAGAUCUUCAACAGAACAACUUAUCGCAGGUUGCCCGGCCCUGGGGCAGUUGACCUUGAUGGAUAUCAACUGGGUGAAUGUUGAAACUCUUUGUAUUUCCUCUGAUGUCCUUCAAAAAUUGAAGAUAAUCGAGCCGGUAGAAUAUGACGUUCUGUCUCGUGAAGAUGAAGAUGAAGACGAAGACGAUGAUAUGGGUGGUCAGGAUGAGCAAAAUUGUUGCAAUAUAGUGAUCAGUGGGACUAAUUUGAAGGUGUUUUCUUACACUGGCGCAGUCACAAGUGAAAUUUCCUUUCACAGUCCAGCAUCAGUGAUGGAUGCGUCUAUUCAUGUUCAACACCGUUAUAGUGAAUGCAUGGACAACAUUGACUGGGAACCAGCAGCCGGUAGUUAUGUGGUUGAUCUUCUAAAAGAUCUACGGGAUGUGGAAAAGCUCUCGGUUUCUUUUGUUUCCCUAAUGGCUCUCAGUCGUGCGUCAUGGGAGCGUCUACGGUUGUUUUCCAAUUUGGUCGAGCUUCACGUGGUUUCAACCAUUAUAAGUCUCACCUGUGAGGGGUUGAUUGCUAUAAUUCAAAAGUCACCAUGCCUCCAAGUUGUUUACUUUGACAAAGGGGUGUACAUGCUUAAAUAUCGCGGCUAUAUCAUGGAUCCAGUACCUGUUCUGUCUAGAACACAGCUGAGGAGGAUUGUGAUAAAGCAUUACUCUUGGGAUAUAUACGAAGACGAGUUCAAUGCAGUAAAAACUUUGCUGCAAGCAUUACCGGUUCUGGAGACACUGCAUAUUAGUUGUUCAGGUGACGGUAACUCUCCAACUGGAUCAGAGAGGUUAGAGAACUUGUACCAGAAGAUCAAAAGUCUUCCCAGACGGUCGAUAGAUUGUGAGAUAGUCUUGAAGUAUAUGAAGUGAAAAAAUGGAACGGCGUUGGGCUUUGCUGCACUGCUUAUACUUGUGUCGCUCAUGAAGUCAAUUUUGAAACAAAGUUGCUUGAGUUGAUGGUUCUUGUUAUGAAUCUUUUGACUACAUGUUUGACAUUUUGCUAGUUUUCUCAUUAUUUAAUGUUGAUGAUUUCAGUGUCAUCGGGUUAUUUUGCGUAAUUGAAUUAACUUAGAGACUACGU